UGUGGCACUAGGACCCAUAGCCGAGUUCUCCAGCAGUGCCCUACUAUUGCCAAAUGAUAGCGCACCUCUUCCACUCUCUAGCCACUGUUUGUGAUCCGAAGUGGACAUGGCAGCGAACCGGGUCGGGAGGAGAUGUAACAACAAGGUCCAUUCCCCGAGUAGGGGUCCAGGUAGGGACCCGGGGCUUAGCUUGCAGAAGAGGCAAGCACGGGUCACGGUAAAGUACAACAGAAAGGAGCUCCAAAGGCGCUUGGAUGUGGAGAAGUGGAUUGACUGUAGUCUGGACGAGCUCUAUUUGGGCAGGGAGGAGGAGAUGCCGGAGGAGGUGAACAUCGACGGGCUGUUAGACCUGAAGAGUGACGAGGAGAGAACGCACAGGCUCCAGGAAAUGUUUCACACGUGCAAUAACACAGAGGUUUUCAUCAAGGAACUGGUGUUGAAACUCCACGGGCUGCAGAAACAGGAGGACCUCCACAACAAUGGCAUCGAACAACCCCAGCUACACAUCUUCCCCAACAGGCAAAACUCUGCAGACCGAGAGGUGAUCUGAAGGCCGUGUUACGUUGCCCUUCAACCCCAGAACCCGACUCCCCAUUCCUCCCCAGCCUGAUGCCACGGACCUCAUCUGAAAAACAUGGGGUCUUGCUGGUCUUUACACUGUGCUCUACACACUGUCAAAUACACAUCAAGCAGCUAGCCAGAUCUGACAACUUAUCACAAACUUUGCAGACACCUUAUCUUCUGUCCACACACACACACACACACACACACAGCCACAAUGCACAGGCAGUCCUUGCAACAUUUGUACCUCUACGAUGUCAGAUGAGUUCUGUUUUAUUUUUGUUAACGCCGUGUCCGAAAUGUUUGAAACAUGCUGCUCUCUGUUGGGUCGCUACCGCUACUUGUGUUCUGUGUGUCCUUGAAUUGCUUUUAUUGGACAACUCAUUAGGGUAUCGACUGUUGGUCGGUGUGUCUCAUGUGAGAUGCACCUCUGAUUCUGUUUAGCUCAUAAACCAGAACCAAAGAGUCCAGCAAUGUACUGUAGAUACCAAUGUCAGUUGGAAGGUAAUAGAGACUCUAUAGAGCUUUCAUAUACCCCCAAUGGGUUAGUCAACGGUUCCUCGCUAUGAGCAGGUCUACCAUAUUUUCAAACUGCAUCCAGUAACAUGAGACAGUAGCUCAUGAGGUCAACUUGAAGAGAAAAAAAUAAUAUAUAUAUAUAUAUACUGCUCAAAAAAAUAAAGGGAACACUUAAUACAACCUAGAUCUGAACG